AUGAGACUGGACAUUGCAGUCGUCGCGCUGACGCUAUUCGCGCCCGCCUGGGCUGCAGCCAUCGACUCCGGUGUCCACGGAUCAAACGUCGCUGUCCUCGCCCCCAAAGCAGAGCGUGACAACUCCAAGCAAGACGAGAAGCUAUGGAAGCGCAAGGGUGGCGGUGGAGGCGGCGGCGGUCGCGGAGGAGGGUCAUCAGGUGGGUCCCGCUCGGGAGGUGGUAGUCGCACUGGCGGUUCUUCUGGUGGUUCCCGUUCAGGCGGCUCCAGCUCCGGCUCUGGCUCGGGCUCAAGCUCAUCUCAAGGUGGUUCAGGUUCAGGUUCAAGUUCUGGAGGUUCUCGAAGUGGUGGCUCCGGCGGUGGCUCCAGUACAUCGAGAGGCGGCUCUCGCGACAACGCUGGUGGAGCGACGAGGACGGGUAGCGGACCGGCUCCUGCCUACGGCGGCGGCAGAUACUACGGUGGUGGUGCGACGGUUCCUUAUCGGGCCGGUGCAUCGAGAGGCAGCAUGGUACCGUUCUUCCUUGUUGGCGGUGCUGCCCUGGCCUUCUGGCCCGGUCUCUGGCUUGCUGGCGCACACAUGUACCCCUACAGCCAUCCUUACCGCUACUACAACCAGACGGCGCGCGAGAACCAGACGAAGGCAGUCCUCUGCGGCUGUGCCGACGAUUUGCCUUGUGGCUGCGAGGAAAACAACGCUACCGAUUACAUGAACUCGCUCCUCGGCAACGGAAGCUACGAUGGCCUGAACAAGUCUGUCGUCAACAUCGGCUUGGUCAACGGCACAGAGACCAUUCUUAUCAACGGUACUCUGCCCUACGGCACGACUGCUGCUGGCGGUGACGAGGAGGUUGGUUCCGCCGCCUUCAGGAACGCCGUGGAGGCUCUUGGUUUCUGGCCCGUCGCGGCGGUUGUUCUGGCGACGGUAUUCGUUGCCUAG